CCUCACCCUCUCCGUAUUGUUGUUGUAAAGCCCCACCGCCGCCAUAGUUAGUAAUGCUGCCAUGGCAACCGGGAAACACUUCAGUGUGUGUAUGCGAAAGGGUGGGAGUCUGGAUGAGGUGUUUGAGUCUCUCACACUCAGGGAUUUACUAUUAGAAAUAAAAACAUCUGCACAACUACAACUAACAGACCACACUUAGAUGAGCUUUUCUCCAGGUGAUCAGCUUCCUUUGUGUGUGUUAAUGUGUGUAGUUUAGGGUCAUGGCAUCCACCGGUGUCACUAAUCACCUGCCUCCAGUCAAGAGUGUGAAAGUCUACAGAAAUGGAGACCCCUUCUUUUCAGGAAGGAGAUUUGUGGUCAACCAGAGACAAAUCUCCACCAUGGAUGCAUUGCUUAAUGAUAUCACUCUCAGUAUCGGAGCUCCGUUGGCUGUUCGAACUCUCUAUACACCACGCUAUGGCCACCGGGUCACAGACCUCACUGACCUACAGCAAGGGGCACAGUAUGUGGCUGCUGGGUUUGAGCGCUUUAAGAAACUGGAUUAUCUGAGUGUAGGAUUGAAGAAAGGUCCAAUGUUCAGAGCUGUGGAGCCAACACAGGCUAAAGCACUUGUCAGGCCUAAUGUUUCUGCAAAAUGGAGGAAGGUCAUCACUCUGCCCUGCAUCAUACAUGUAUUUAGGAACGGGGACAUCCUCAGUCCUGCCAUGCGUCUGAUCAUUCCCAGACACAUGCAGAAAAAUCUAGAGCAGAUCCUGAGCCUCAUUUCGGAAAAAGCCAUGCUUCGCACAGGAGCCGUGCGCAGGCUCUGUACUCUGGAGGGCUUCACAGUGACCUCCACAGAUGAGCUGGAGUCUGGGCAAUGCUAUGUUGCUGUUGGAACUGAGAGGUUCAAGAAACUCCCAUAUGUGGAGAUACUGCUAAACAAAGCAACUGGCAGCAGUGCAGACAGGCAUUAUGCAGGAGACAGAGGAUUACAGAGAAGAAUUGAGAGUAGAAAGAUUUUUCCCCAGGACAGCCACAGUGACUCCACCCUCCUGAAUUCACCUGAGAGGGAAGGCAGGCGUGUGAAGUCCACAGGAGAUGAGGUGGAGCGAGAGAGCUCCCCUGGGCUGGUUAAGAGGAGAGGAAGGAGAGGAGAAAGAGAAGAGAACUCUGUUUUCUACGCCAGACCUGUGAGAGUUCGCAGACACCCACCCACACACAGACCUUCACCUAAAGCUGCAACAGAUAAGCAUAGUGUGUUUAAGGCCUCUGAAAGCAGUAUCAGGGAGGAGGUUCGAGGUGCUGAGGAGGUCGCAGAGGACGAAAACACAGCUGUAGAGCUUCCCAUUGACCAGAGAGAAGCAGAUAUUGUGGAGGAUGAAGAGCUUCCUGAAAGAGAUCAGUUUGACCCAGCCAGUACAAAUCAUAAGCAUUCAGAUGAACUACACAGUCCAUCAGCUGAUCUCUCUAAUGAGAACAGAGAGAAAGAGUUUGUAGAGUCUGAGAGGGAGACAUGGGACGACACGUCAGCUCUGCAGAGAGAAACACAGCAGAGAUACACGUCCAGCAAAGAGUCUCCGCGUGAUUCAAACAAACAUGACAUUGAUUCAGACACACGGCAUUCCAGAUCUUCAUCAUCAUCACCCAGGGUAUCUGAACAUUCCCCACGAAGUGAAGAAACACAGCAAGAACCAAUUUGGGGAUCCCAUGAGGAACAGACAGACAGGGAUGCUGAGCGCCCUCUCCAGGCUGAAGAUGAUGCAGGAGACAGAGGCACACCUUCCCAAUCCACACUCGAGGUCUGAACAUGGAGAUCACUAUGAAAUUGACAUAAUUUUGAUGAAAAAAUGGCAUUUAAAAUAAUGUACCCUGCAAAGUAACAGUGAUUCAUUGAAAAAUAUGCUUUUUUUUAUUUCUUCUAACAAAAUAAGACCUCAAUGUAAAAGACAUUUAAAAUAAAGGUAUUUAAAUAAUG